AUGAGUUACCAAUUCAUGACAGUAGGCACCCUUAACCAAUAUUUAUCUUUAUAUGAAGGCAGACUAAAAGAGCCUUCCUGUUUGCCUCUCGCUCUUGAAGAUUUAUGCUCAGGAUGAUCCACUGACACCUUCAAACAAAUUUUAGUAAAGAUCAGUUUGAAUGGAAAAAUUGCAAUUCCAUGUGUAUUCAACCAAUAUAAUGAACUCGCUGUAUUUUCCAACAAAGCAAACACCCUUCAAGAGAUUUUCAAGCUUUUUGAUACUCGGGCUUUAUCAAGAAUAGAUUCUCUAGAACUAAUCAGCACAAUCGCAAUGAUAUGUUCUGGACCUCUAGACAAAAAAAUUGAAAAUUGCUUCUUUGCCUUUGGGCUUAACGAAGACUGUACCAUUACAAAAGAAGAAAUGCAAUUGUUUUUAGAUUCUUUGUUUCGAGGGACUGCAAAAAUAGCUUUAAUUAAAUCUGAUACGUUUUAUCCGAGGAAUCCGAAUAAGCGGUUGGCUUCUCAUGAAAUUGCGAGGAUUGUUAACUCGAUAUUUAGUGGGCAAAAUAAGUUAUUGAGUGCAGAUGAAUUUUGCCAGUGGCUGCUGAGAGAGCAAGGACCGCUGAAUAAGUUUUUUAAUCUUUUUGUGAGGAGGUUUCAACAAUGCCAGGAAGCAAAUAGAGAAUUAAAUAUAGCUAGGCUGCGAAUAAUCCCGUUUAUAAAAACAAUCAUCUAUUCAGAUAUCUUACAGAAAGCAAAUGUUCAAUUAGGUUUUGAAGAAACCAAGCAAGCAGCAAAAACGAAGAAAUAA